CGCCGCCUCCUCCGCUGCUCUCUCCUGCUCGGCGCAGCUCCAGCUUGCCUUCCUCCCCUAGCUUCCCCCCUUCCUAGUGACCUCCGCACUCUGCUACGGCUGCUUUAGAUCCGGCGUCGGCGAGGCUAAUAUGGUGGCUGCGAGGCCAGACGGCGGGAGACGUAGCCGACGACAGCAAGCUCGACGGCGGCGGAGACGUCUUCUGUACUGCGAGCUCGACGACGGCGGUGGCGUCUUAUUGGCAGAUGCCAUGAUCGAUUUUUUCGUAAAGCUACUGGAGUUGCCAGCAAUGCAUGCAAAGCGGCAAGAGUUGGCUGCUCAGUUUUUCUUGUACUGCCAAGAUGGAAGAAAUUGGAGCUCGGGUUCUUCUUCUCACCGGCAGAAGCACAAGCAGGGGAGCUCCGGGUGGCAGCACGAGCAGGCCCGCCGGGGAAGAGCAGCAACUUGCAGCAGAAGAAGCUCGAGGUUGAGGAUGAGCUUGAGUUCCAGGCCCGCCUGGAGCUCCUGGUCCAGGCGCUCGAGACCCAGGCGCGCGCAGGUCCUGUGCGGCGCCGGCGCAGGCCCUGGGCGGCGCGAGGGAUAGCAGCGUAGCCCUGGGCGGCGGGAGGGGAUAGCGAUGCAGCCCUCGGCGGCGGAAGGGAUCGGGGCGGGAGAGGAUGGCGGCGGGGCAGCGCCCU